CUCGUCAAACACUCGCGCGCAAAGUCGACAAUCCGCAUUUCUGUUGCUAAACGAAUUUUUAGCGUUUAAUUGGUUCGGAAAAUUACAUACAUAUAUGCGUAUACAUAGAUUUGUUGUGUUUGGAAUUUGAAAUAGCGUUCAAUACUUUUUCGGAACAAUGACUUUUAGUAUUUCCGCAUCAAGCAUAUGUUUUGGUUUUUGAGAAAUACUAAGUGCAAAAGUGAAACAUACAGUUUUAAUGUGGAAAACAGAUAUAGACUAUCGAAAAGAACUACUACCUGGUCCCGAAAGGGCAUUCACAAUGACAAUCAAAAGCUAAAUCAAAAGUACAGUGAAAUUACUUGAAACUUAGUAGAGUAAAGUAAAAAGUGCAACAGUUAAAGUAAACCACAAAAAAAAAAAGAUAUUAUAAAAGAAUCAUGUCAACAUGGCAGAUCCCAACAAAUAUAAUGGCCACAACAACUCAAGCAACAUCAAUGGGAGCAAUAAUCAACAAGUGGGCGCCCCUGCAACAUCAACCGCAUUCCAGGCACCGAAUUCCCUGUCGAGUGUCUCGCAACAGGUGCACAUGUGGUGCCAGCAAUGCUUGCGGCGGCUGAGAGGUGAGGCAUUGCGGCACACGGCCACAACUGGACCAACACAGUUUGUCCCAGACGUUGGCACCAACACUGGACCGGCUGGGGAGGCACCUUCCUCCACUGAUGAUGAUCUGAAUAGUGUUGAGACAACAGAAGUCGAUGGACACAUACGGCCACGACGUCUAACAGAAGAAACAAGCAAUCCUCCAAAGCAAGAAAGCUGGAUAUCAGCCUCCAAACGAAAGUUACUGGAAAAAACGGGCCUUAAAAAGCCCAGAUGUAAAGAUGAAGAUGAGCCCGCACCGUUCGACUCUGACACAGAUGAGGGGGAGAAGCGAAUCAUCGCCUUAAACUCGCCACAGCCGAUUAAUUAUUGUAAUAACCGAAUAUCAACGGCUAAAUAUAAUGUUGCCAGUUUUCUACCGUCGUUCCUCUUUGAGCAAUUUAGACGAUAUUCCAAUUGUUUUUUCUUACUUAUUGCAUUAUUACAACAAAUUCCGGAUGUAUCUCCAACGGGUCGUUACACAACACUGGUGCCACUUAUAUUUAUACUGUCCGUGAGCGCUAUUAAAGAGAUCAUUGAAGAUAUUAAACGUCACCGCGCUGACAAUGAGAUCAAUCAUCGAAUGAUUGAGAGACUAGAAAAUGGCACGUGGACCACUGUGCGUUGGUCUGAGCUGUCAGUUGGCAACAUUAUUAAAGUGACUAACGAUACAUUUUUUCCUGCAGAUUUAGUAUUGCUAUCCUCCAGUGAGCCUCAGGCCAUGUGUUUCAUAGAAACGGCCAAUUUGGAUGGGGAGACGAACCUGAAGAUUCGACAAGGAGUUGCACCUACGGCCAAAUUACUGGAAACAAAAGACUUGAUGCAAUUACAGGGCAGGAUUGAGUGUGAACUACCAAAUCGACAGUUGUACGAGUUUAACGGCGUCCUUAAGGAAUUUGGCAAGCCUUCAGUGGCUCUUGGUAAUGAUCAGGUUCUGCAGCGUGGUGCGAUGUUACGGAACACCUCGUGGAUCUUUGGAGUUGUCGUUUACACGGGACACGAGACAAAGCUGAUGAAAAAUUCAACGUCAGCUCCAUUGAAGCGAUCGACAGUCGAUAAGCUGACCAACACUCAAAUUCUGAUGCUGUUCAUGAUACUGAUCUCUCUCUGCAUUACAAGUGGGCUGUGCAAUUUGUUUUGGACUAAAGAUCAUUCCAAGAAGGACUGGUAUUUGGGAAUCGGUGAUUUCCAGAGCACAAAUCUCGGCUACAAUCUGCUGACGUUCUUCAUUCUGUACAACAAUCUGAUACCAAUAUCCCUUCAAGUCACCUUGGAGCUCGUACGAUUUCUACAGGCGAUAUUCAUCAACUAUGACAUCGAGAUGUAUCAUGAGGAGUCGAAUAUGCCGGCCAGUGCCCGUACCUCCAAUCUCAACGAGGAGCUUGGCCUGAUCAAGUACAUCUUCUCGGAUAAAACUGGUACUCUGACGCGGAAUGUAAUGGUUUUUAAGAAGUGUUCGAUUGCCAGUCACAUCUACAAAGCGGAACGCACGCCGGAGGAAUCGGAACUGGUGCAGAAUAUACUUCGACGACAUGAAACAUCCAGUGACAUUGAGGAGUUCCUUGUGCUGUUAUCCGUGUGCCAUACAGUGAUACCAGAGAAGAAAGAGGAUGGCAGCAUUGUUUAUCAUGCUGCCAGUCCGGAUGAACGUGCUUUGGUCGAUGGAGCCAGACAGUUUGGGUACAUCUUCGACACACGUACGCCCGAGUAUGUGGAGAUCAAUGCACUGGGGGAGCGCAGGCGCUUCCAAAUCUUAAAUGUACUCGAAUUUACAUCAAGCCGCAAGAGGAUGUCGGUCAUUGUCCGAACACCUGAGGGCCAUAUAAAGCUGUUCAUGAAGGGCGCCGAUUCGGUGAUUUAUGAACGUCUCUCGACACGGAAUCAAUCCUACCGAGACAUGACAUUGCAGCAUUUAGAGGAAUUCGCUUCCGAGGGAUUGCGCACUCUGUGCCUGGCCGUGGCCGACAUUGAUCCAGAUGUCUACGAGGAAUGGAAUCAGACAUACCACAAGGCAUCGACAGCGCUGCAGCAACGUGAGCGGAAACUCGAUGAUGCGGCCAAUCUAAUUGAGAUUAACCUACGUCUAUUGGGUGCGACGGCCAUUGAGGAUCGUCUGCAGGAUGGCGUUCCGGAGACAAUUCAAGCAUUGCUCGAGGCAGGCAUUUAUAUCUGGGUUUUGACUGGGGACAAGCAGGAAACCGCCAUCAAUAUUGGCUACUCGUGUAGGCUUAUUACACACUCCAUGGAUAUCAUCAUACUCAACGAGGAGAGUCUAGAUGCAACCCGAGACGUCAUCCUUCGACAUUCCGGCGAGUUCAAGAGCUCCACGGCCAAGGAUGCGAAUGUGGCGCUGGUCAUCGAUGGCAAGACACUGAAGUAUGCAUUGAGCUGCGACUUGCGCGGUGAUUUCCAGGACCUGUGUCUCAUCUGUCGCGUGGUCAUCUGCUGUCGCGUAUCGCCCAUGCAAAAGGCCGAGGUUGUCGAGAUGGUAACGCAGAGCACGAAAGCCGUCACGCUGGCCAUCGGCGAUGGAGCGAACGAUGUGGCCAUGAUACAGAAGGCAAGCGUUGGCAUUGGAAUUUCGGGUCAGGAAGGACUUCAGGCUGCUUGUGCCUCGGACUAUUCAAUUGCCCAAUUUCGCUUUCUGCGUCGCCUGCUGCUCGUCCAUGGCGCCUGGAAUUAUGCACGGAUUAGCAAGCUGAUCCUCUACAGCUUUUAUAAGAACGUCUGCCUAUACGUCAUCGAACUCUGGUUUGCCGUCUACUCGGGCUGGUCUGGCCAGAUUCUGUUUGAGCGCUGGACAAUCGGUCUCUACAACGUUUUAUUCACAGCGAUGCCGCCAUUUGCGAUUGGACUCUUUGAGAAAUUCUGCACGGCUGAAACGAUGCUAAAGUAUCCGCUGUUGUAUAAGCCCUCGCAGAAUGCGAAACUCUUUAAUGUUAAAGUAUUCUGGAUCUGGAUAUUCAAUGCAUUGCUGCACUCGGUCUUUCUCUUCUGGCUGCCAAUGGCUGCAUUCAUGAGUGAAACAAUUUGGCAGGAUGGCAAAACGAGCGAUUAUCUGCUCCUGGGCAACAUGGUCUACACAUAUGUUAUUGUCACGGUCUGUUUGAAAGCUGGACUCAUUACUAGUUCCUGGACGUGGUUAACACAUGCUGCCAUUUGGGGCUCAAUUGUGCUUUGGUUUACCUUUGUUCUCAUCUACAGCCACUUUUGGCCAACACUCAAGUUCGCCAGCAAUUUCGUGGGCAUGGACAUUCAGCUAAUGUCGACGCCCGUCUUUUGGCUGGGAUUAUUCCUCGUUCCCAUUGCCAGUUUGCUCAUCGAUGUGAUUUGUAAACUGAUACAUAAUACCGUUUUUAAAACACUAACCGAUGCUGUACGAGAAUCGGAAAUUCAGAGUCAUGAUCCUUCACAAGUGAUGGAAGAAUCUCGCUCUUCAUUUACUGAAACUGCGAGAUUGCUACGAAAUGUUUUCACCCGUCGUGCCAAUACAAGAGUUGAAACGGAACUAGAAUUAUCGCAUGGCUAUGCAUUUUCUCAAGAGGAAGGCGGUGCUGUUCCGCAAUCUAUAGUUAUUCGCGCCUAUGAUACGAAUUUGCCCAAACCAGAGGGAAACUAAGAACCAUCCUGGAAACCGAGCAACAAUUGUAUUUAUGGCACUAUAUGUUGAAGUAUCACCUGAACUCUAGGACUGCUUAUGUGUAUGUGUAAAAGGGCCAAAGAAUAUAAAUCAUUUAAGCACACAUAUUUUGAACAUAUUAAAACCAAUGUUAACACAAACUGAAGUUUUAGUUGAACACUCUUUUUCUGGAAUUAUUGCAUCAAGAUAUACUAAAUGUGUCUUACAUAACUAUUCUUUUUAUAAAUGCUGCAUAUAUGAAAAUAACUUAAAUAUCUAUUUCUAUCGUAACUGUUAAUUAUUUUAUAAGUCAAAAACACUUAAAUAAAGAGGUUAGAUGCAGUUUCA